AUGGCUUCCACAACCUCACAACAGACGGCCAACUCGCAAACGCCGUCGUCGGCAAACAUGUCGCUCGAGAACUACCGCCUGCCGACCCACCGCCUGCAACUCCGCGAUGUCGAGCCCGGCAAGACCCCGCUGGUCCUCGUCGCCUGUGGCAGUUUCUCGCCCACCACAUUCCUGCACCUGCGCAUGUUCUCGCUCGCCUACGACUACGUCAAGGCCAACACCAACUUCACCGUCGUCGGCGCCUACCUCUCCCCCGUGAGCGAUGCUUACAAGAAGGUCGGCCUGGCCCCGGCGCACCACAGAAUCCGCAUGGCCGAACUGGCCGUGCAGCGGAGGACAAGGACGGCCGACUGCCUGAUGGUCGACCCAUGGGAGGCCAUUCACGCUGAGUACAUGCCGACAGCAAAGGUAUUGGAUCACUUUGAGCAUGAGCUCAACGAUGUCAUCGGUGGUGUUGAGGACACCAAUGGCCAGAAGCACCCCGUCAGGAUCGCUCUGCUUGCUGGUGCGGACCUCAUCCAGACCAUGAGCACACCUGGCGUGUGGAGCCAGGACGAUCUUGCGCACAUCUUGGGCCAGUAUGGUGCCUUCGUCAUUGAGCGUGCCGGCACCGACUUCCAGGAGGCGGUAGGCAGCCUGAAGGAGUGGGAGAACAACAUCUACUACAUCCCGCAGACUGUGGCGAACGACGUGUCGUCCACGAGGGUCCGGCUGCUGUCCAAGCGCCGCAUGAAUAUCGACUACCUCGUACCGACCGAGGUCGUGGACUACAUCGGCGAGCACGGCCUCUACCAGGAGGAGGAUGGAACCGUCACGGGAAAGCUCAAGGAGAAGGCCCGGUAG